AUGACUUUCGAUAACAGAGUCUUGACUCCCUACAUCAAAUCGAUUCUACUAGAUAAUUUUACUCCGUCCGAUUUGUCAAUUGUUAUAAAACUUGUUUUCAAAGGUUUGGCAUCAGAUAUUCAAAUUGCAGCCUUCUUAACAGCUUUGAGACAAAAAGGAUUAGAUCAAGAAUCUGAAUAUAUAGCUGCAGCAGUAAAUACUGUGAUAGAAUUUGCUGAAACUAUAGAUAGUAGUUUAAUUGAUGAAAAUGGAUAUAUAGAUAUAGUGGGAACUGGUGGAGAUGGCCAGAAUACAUUCAAUGUUUCAACUUCAUCUGCUAUAGUUGCAGCAGGUAUUGGAUUACCAGUUUGUAAACAUGGUGGAAAAGCUAGUACUUCAUCUUCAGGUUCAGGUGAUUUGUUGAAAUGUUUAGGGGUUGAUCUUUCCAAGAUAAACGUUGUUACAUUACCAGAAAUUGUUAAAAAAUCAAAAUUUUGUUUCUUAUUUGCUCCAUCUUUUCAUCCAGGUAUGGGAAUAGUUGCAAAUGUGAGGAGUCAGUUAGGUAUACCCACAAUUUUUAAUAUUUUAGGUCCUUUGAUCAAUCCAAUACCGAUACAAUCUAGAAUUUUGGGAGUUUAUAGUGAAAAAUUGGGUGAAAGUUAUGCAAGAGCUGCUUCAAUACUAGCAAGAGAAAGUCAUGUACAUAAAAGAACAAUGGUUGUAUUUGGUGAAUGUAUAUUAGAUGAAAUAUCUCCGAUCGGUUUUACAAAAAUUUGGUUAGUUGAAAAAGAUGGUGAAAUUAAAAGAGAUCGUAUUUCUCCAAAAGAUUUUGGAUUAACAGAGCAUUCAUUAGACUCGGUACGAUCUGGGACUCCAGAGGAAAAUGCUAAAAUUUUAAAAUUAAUAUUGAGUCAAAACUCAGAUGAGUUUAAAGUUAAUUCUUCAAAUAAUCAUCCAAUAGUAGAUUAUAUUUUAUUGAACACUGCUGCUCUUGCAUAUGUCGCUGGUUUAACUGAUAAUUGGAAAGACGGUGUAAGUCUAGCUAAAAAAUCAAUCACAAGUGGGAAUGCUUUAAAAGCAUUAAAUGAUUUAAUUAGAUGUAUAGAAUAA